AUGGGUAGAUCAAUAGGGUUCAACAUCUGCAUGGUCACCUGCAGCAUCCUGAUCUUGUCCUCCAGUUCGCCAUGCCUUGCAUCUCAGCCACUGGAGGAGAGCGACAUGACAAAGGUCCAGAAUGGCCCCUGGGCAGGUAAUGGGGUAGAAGAUGAAAGGACAAGUAUGCUGAACUUGAAAAAUAACCUGGGACCUUCUGAGCAGACUGUCUCUGAAGAACCAUGUGAAGUGUCAGCAAAGCCCUCUGGGUUGCCUUUAAGUGAAACUUUCACUGUGGAAGGAGAAAUGCUGCCUGUGAGCCCAAGCCGUGUCAUCCCAGGCAGCCUGGGGGCUCCCACCUCUGCUGUGACAGUGGCUGCUGUAGAUGAGGAGCAACUUGGUCCCACGAAGUCAGAGCUGGAUGAGGAUGAUGCAUUCAAGGCUAUGCUGACCACAGCCGUGACCACACUGAACCCUACUGUCCAGGAGGAAUCUGCUGGUGGCCCUCUCAGUGAAACCACCACAGAGGGUGGUGUUGAAGUAGAGCACAGCUCAGCCAGCCUCUUGGCAACCCCUCUUUCUGGGACAGCUGUGGAGGAGGAGAAGGCAGAGAGCAACUUGAACCCCUCAGCUGUACCCCAGCCUGUGCCAUACUCCAGCAAUCCCAGCUGGGAAACAGCAAGUGACCGCCCUGUCAUCCCAACUCCUCAGGCUCCUGGCAUCACCUCUGAGGUGGGAACACCAAGGGUCCGCACAGGGAGCCCCCUGACGUCCUUGACUGCGCCAGCGUCUGUGGCUGCACGACGUCCCUUCCUGGUGACUGAAGCCUCCCUCCACUUGGAAGCGGGGAUGAGUGUCGGGCAAGGAGAGCUGGCUGCCACAGCUGGCACUGUCACCAUCCACCCUGUAGACACUGUGCCACCUGACUGGGAUGACACAAAACUGGGGGGCAUAAGUCAAGGGGGAAGCACCUCUCAUGAGGAGGUGACGGAGGAUCUGGGAGGUACAGAACCAUCCCAGACCCUGCAGGGAGAUGUAGAGGAGGAAGAAGAAGGAACAAGAGUGUUACCAUCGCCAGUGUCCCCUCCAUCAACUCCUGAGCUUGCCAAGGAGACUAACUGCACAGUGCCAGUGCAAGGGCACGAGUCUCAAGCAGCUUCUACGGGCAGCAGUGGUGCUCCCCACACUGCGAACCUGACGGGUGCAGACGCUGCUGAUCUCAACUCUCUGGAAAACGUAAGUGCAGUCACAGCAGAGGAGGGGAAGAGCAUCCCACCAUCACAGCUGGAGGUGGCUGUGGUGACAGAUACACAGUCUGAUCUCUCUCCUACGCUGGAAAGCUCAUGGAAAGGUGUUACUCAGGAUGUGACAACAGUUGCCCAGGAGUCUGAUGCUGCUCUGUCACUUGUGACACUGGCACCUGGUGCUACUGAGGGAACAGGAGCUGCAAGCCUGCUGCAGGAAAACAGUGGGGAGGACACCCAGAUGCUGACUGCUCCUAGUGCCACCCAGAUGCUGGUGGCAACUGGUGCUUCCUCUGUGGUGAACACUCCAGAUGUAGAAGGUCUCUCAGAUGUGGACCUGGUCACCAGUGAGAAGGCUGUUCCAGCUCCUGGUAGGUUGUCUGCUACACAGUCUGGACAGACAGAGGAGCCAUCCGGCAGAACUGCGGUCCUGGUGACUCCAGCAUCAGUGGCAUCUUCUGUCAGGAGGACAGCUCUUCCAUCUGUGAGGAGGAUCAGUACAGCUGUGACCUAUGGGCUGGACCGCCUUGAGUCAGAAG